AUGAAUGAAAUUAUUCAAAAUCAAUUGCUGGAAACGCAAGAAAAUAAAUCUAAAUCAGAUAAUUUGCCAGAAGGCUGUGUUCCGAUGGAAAUAGAGAAUGCCAUAAAAGAUUUUAAAGAUAUGGCCGAAAAAAUCGUCAUGAACGAAACAGAUAUAGAGAAUUCUAUCUCAAGGUUUAAUAUAGAUCAAUCAAAUAUUUUCAAAAAAAUUACUUCUGUCUUACAGUCUAAUGACAAAAUUUUGAGAAUUUUCAUAAGUGGCCCAGGUGGUACUGGAAAAAGUUUCUUGAUCGAAACUAUUGUCGCAUGGAAUAAAAUAAUACGUAACAAAGAAACAGCUGUUACAGCCCCUACUGGGAUAGCAGCUUACAAUGUUUCUGGUUUAACUAUUCAUAGACUUCUACAUUUACCAGUGGAGCAUGGGUGUACAGCGAAAUAUAAAGAACUAUCGCCUGCAGCUUUGAAACAAAUACGGCAAAGCUUGGAAAAUGUUGACUUGAUUAUUAUUGAUGAAAUAUCCAUGGUAUCUAAUAUUACAUUAAUGUAUAUUCAUUUACGUCUUACUGAAAUCUUCAAUACUUCCGAAUGCGAUGAUGGUUGGUUUGGAAAAAUACAUAUUAUUGUAUUUGGUGAUUUGCUUCAACUUCCACCUGUUCGAGAAAAUUUUGCUUUCGUUGAAGUUGCGAAAAAAGAUAUUGAAAAAUAUAUCGGAGCAAUAAAUUCAUUUAAUUUGUGGACUUUAUUCGAGUACGAUGAGCUGACAAUUAACAUGAGGCAAAAAAAAUGA